ACGAACAAUGUCUUUAAGAAAAAAACCAGCAGCCACCUGAGCAGUGUUUGUGUAAUGGCGCCGGCCAGUAAUUAGCGCAGUGCUGAGUGAAAUCCCGUCACACGUUCACCUAAAUUAUGAAAAUCUUAGACGAAAUCUCAUUGAUUGUACUGUUCCAACUGAUCUGCCACCUCAACGAUGUGCACUCGAGCUUCGAGGACUCCAUACAGGACAUGGACGACACCCUCGAGCUGGACGAUUCUGGGUCAGAGCAGAAAGAGCUGAAGCAUUCUCAUCAUCACCACCACCUGAGAGCUGGGCAUCACCACAGGAAGGGGCAUUCACAUGAUGAUAACGAUGACGAUUACGACGACUGCGACUGCUCGUGCAGUAAGUGUGCCGCGCCCUCUGAGUGCUGCAAGAACGUGUGUAACAGCUGCGCCAGCAACAUGUACCAGCAACAGGCGAGCGCACUGAGCGGGCAGAGCCAAGCCAGCGUAGUGUUCGUGCCCUACCCAUACCCUUUAAUGGUGGCCAGUCCAAUGAUGAAGAGCAUGAACCAGCACCCGACAAUGCUCGCACACCACGUCGCACGUGCACCCAACACACAAUCCACUGCGUUAUCAACCACCACUCCUGCCACCAUCACCACUACCACCGAAACCACUACCACUAUUACUUCUACGAGCUCAACCACCACCAGCAACAGUUUCGACAUGGAACCAUCAAAUGCACUAUAUCUCAAAUCCCAGAACAACGAUAAUGUAUUGGAUUCGGUGCUCAAGAGCGUAGUAGACGAUUACACAAACAUAAUCGUUAAGACGCCGGAGAAGUCAAGGAGUGGCAACAACAGGUACAUGCUGACGUCUCUGCGCCGGACAAAGCCUACAUGGAUGCCCAAGUUCGGGAUAGUCCCCAUCUCCGAUGAUAUGGCCGUGAAAAUAAUGUCACAACUUAGAGCUCGGUACCCCGCCCGCACACAGCAAAGGCCCAUACAUGACCCAGUAAUGAAAGUGCAGCCCUAACAUCACACGGUAGCUGUUACUUCUUACUGCGUUACUUUGUUACUUCAAGUCUCUCAUUCAUGUUACGUGAAAAUAUUUAUUGACAGUGAAGGAAGUUACGUAAAAUAGCUGU